AGACAGCGUAGAGAGAGCACGUUGGCCCCGAACGCUCCUACCCUCACGGUCACUUGUAAAUACUGACGUUAAAGCCGUGAUUGUAACGUUUUAUGGUAAUUGUGGCCCACAGUCGCUGUCAAAGCCGUGAAUCCCCCUAAAAAAAAUCCUAAAAUCAUAAUUAAUAACUUACAAAAAAUAAAGAAAAACUAAGAUAAUUUAUUAACAGAAAGUGGAAUUAAAAGUGACAGAAAUUUAUCGCUGGAAAUAAAAAUCUCCGUAAGAGUUACCAGAUGACCAUGACCGCCAUACCUUAUAACCCAUGACAACUCACUUAACUGUGUUGGUCAUAACGAGUGGAGGAUCGUAUAGUAGAUAGUGAGGAUAAAUAGAUAUAUAGAACGAUAAUAAGAGAAGAAGAAGACGUGGUGAUAAAGCAAGGAGGGAAGAGGAAAUAAAAUAAACACAAAAAUGAAGCCCACAGCGAACUUGUACUUGGCGACGCUGUGGCUGGUGUCUCUAAAAGGGGUAUGUGGCGGUGGUCUGCCCAGAGUGUGGUGGCAGCCCGGUACCGCCGUCGAGGAGGGUGACACCAUCCAGCUACAGUGUCAGGUGGCGUCGGAGGUGGCGGGGCCGGCCAUCUGGUUGAAGCUUGACCCAUGGGACCCCAACAAUCACAUCCUACUGUCUCACGGUGACCUUAUCAUCACAGAGGACCCCAGGUUCUCUGUCCUACAUAUCCCAGAGAGGAACGUUUAUGUAGUCAAGAUCCGUGAAGUGUCAGCCGCUGAUGCUGGCAGCUACCAGUGUCAGGUGCCCGUCAGCUCAGAUGAGGAGGAGCUGCGUGUGGAGGCCGCCCCUCCUGUUGUGGUAACACUACUCAAAGACAGCCAAGAACAGUCAUCAGCAAGGCCAACCCACAGCUACACCCUCCUGAUUCUCAUCUGCUUACUGGCGGGUCUGGGCAGAUAAGUUGUUUGGAAAUAAGGAAGGGAUUAGAUUAUAUGUGAAGAUACUUAAGGAUUUGAUUUUGUGAUAAUAAUAUGUAUGUGAUUAAUAACAUGUGAAAUAAUAUUGGUGAUAUAUUGAUGUUAGAGUUCUUGUUAUACUAUGGGUGAUAAUAUAUGUCGUAAGCUAACAGAGUAGGAAGUGUGUGAGGUUGUGAAUGCCUGGUCUGUUGACUGGAGAAUAAGGGUUAGCAAUAUCAGGGUUACCAAUAAAAGCCAAUUGUAAUAAUUGUAUAAAAUUUUCAUUGGAUCUGUCUUUUAUUCCAAACCAUAUUACUAAAGAUAACCAACAGUAUUAGUUUGCCAUGGUGAAGUUAACGACUGUAUUAUUUUAAAAAUUCCUAGAGUUUGUGGAAGGUGUUGCCUUGGACCCAGCUGGGGCUGAGGUGGUCUCUUGGACCUUUACUCUCAUCUGUUGGUCUCCAUUAUCAUGUUAUGGAAUAUUUUAUUGACAACCCUAAGUUGUGUUGAUGUGAGUACCAGGCAUUGUAGUGAUAAAUGAUAUGUGUGCCUGGAUCUGUGAUUUGUGUUAUGUCCUGUUUACCCUCUAUGUAAGUCUGAAUGUAUAGUCAAGUGAUUGUCAGAAGAUGUUUGGUAAUGGGUGAAGUAUUUUUGAUUCUCCAGAAAAUAAGAUUAAUAAUCCCAGGAAGUAACUCACUAAAUCACAGGUACAGUACAGGUACAGUACUGCACCAUAAUAUGUACUGUAUAUAAAUACGAUAUAUAAUACUGUACAGAGCACGAACAGAGACUUGGGAUUACGUAUUAUACAAGAGUUGGUAUACAGUCUAUGAAAAUAAAUAUUGACUACUGUACUGUACUAUUAUUUUUAUGCAAUACUAAUGUUAUGUGAAGUCAUUGUUGCUUAAACUAAUAACUUAAUAAAAUAUUUUACAUUAA